AUGGAAGAUCCUCUGGAAAGUUCAGCCGAUUCAUCUCCAACCCAUUCCGCGAACCACUCUGCCCACACAACCCAUUUGCCUACCAACCAUUCGACAAAAUACCUAAACCUAACAGACCCAAGCAACCCGUUUCGAUUGGACAACGGCGACAACCCUGCAGUGAUUUUAGUCACUGAUUUGCUUACCUCCGAUAACUAUGCAACCUGGUCCCGCGCUAUGCGGCGUUCCCUUCGUGCUAAAAACAAAUUAGGAUUUAUCACUAGUGCCAUCCCUCGACCCACCAAACCAGAGGACCCUCUUCUUGAAAUCUGGGAACGUUGCAACGACAUGGUCGUUUCAUGGCUACAGAACUCCAUCAGCCCAGCUAUCAAGUCCAGCGUGGUCUUCGUUGAUGUUGCUCGCGACAUAUGA